CGGCCGCCAUAUUGAUCCUUCUGCCGAAGUCGCCCGCUUUCGGAGCUGGAGCUGAGUAACGCUCUCUACGCCGACGAGCCUCCGGCGCUCUUUCUUCCCUGGUUGCGUCCAGGCGGGCUGGCCAACACCUCCCGGGGCGUCCUGUGUGUGGCUGGAAGGGCACUGUGUUGAGAAGUGAGAAGAAGCCAUUGGAUUGGCUAGUGGCCAUUUUCUGAUGACUUGCUGAUGUUCCAGGGAAUGGAGCCUUAAAUUGGGCAUAACAGCACACACCUUUCAUCCCAGCUCUCAGGGACACAAAGAUAAUGAUGCUUGCACUGAACUAAGGAAUUCUGAAGUAAAGACUCAUACUAUUAAUAAUGGCAGGAAAAUCGUCUCUCUUUAAAGUAAUUCUUCUUGGAGAUGGUGGAGUUGGCAAAAGCUCUCUUAUGAACAGAUAUGUAACCAAUAAAUUUGAUUCCCAGCUCUUCCACACAAUAGGUGUGGAAUUUUUGAAUAAAGAUUUGGAGGUGGAUGGACAUUUUGUUACCAUGCAGAUUUGGGACACCGCUGGUCAAGAGCGAUUCCGAAGCCUGAGGACGCCGUUUUACAGAGGUUCUGACUGUUGCCUACUUACUUAUAGUGUUGAUGAUUCUCAAAGUUUCCAGAAUCUGAACAACUGGAAGAAAGAAUUCAUAUAUUAUGCUGAUGUGAAAGAGCCUGAGAACUUUCCUUUUGUGAUUUUGGGCAACAAGAUCGACAUCAAUGAACGGCAAGUGUCUGUAGAAGAAGCCCAAGCCUGGUGCAGGGACAACGGCAACUAUCCGUACUUUGAAACAAGUGCAAAGGAUUCCACCAAUGUUGCAGCUGCCUUUGAGGAGGCCGUUCGAAGAGUUCUGGCUACAGAAGAUAAGUCAGAUCACCUGAUUCAGACAGACACAGUCAAUCUGCACCGAAAGCCCAAGCCAAACUCAUCUUGCUGUUGAUGGCAUUAAAAAGAUGGUCGGUGCACACACACACACACACACACACACACACACACACACACACACACACACACACACACACACACACACACGAAAGAGGAAGGUGGAAAUGAGAAUUAAUAUUUGCUGGAGGGUUGGUUCAUCUACUAAUAAAAUUCAACUAACGAAUGAAUAUUGCUGCCUCAUUAGUUGGUGGGAGAAGGGACACAUUCACUCUGGGGGAAAUUUAUUUACUCAGUAAUGGCACCUUACAUUUAUAAAUUGUAAUGGUUGUCUAAUGUUUAAUUUAAAAUGUUAGUGCUAAUAAGAUGUGACCAAGAAUUGAAUUGUAAUUCAAAAACUUUGACUGUUCUAGAAGUUACACUUUGGUUGUUUUUCCCCACAAGAAAAUGGAGAAUUACUUUUAUAUGUGUGUAUUUUUAUGUAAUUAGCAUUCUAUUCUUGGUCCAGGGAAGUGAAUUCCUAUAGCAAUACUAUUAAAGAUUAAAGUCUAAUGCA